GACCUCUGUUCAACAAAGUUUUGUCCUGUCCCCGUGUUUAUUCCCGUUCAGCGCUAAAGGUUUCGACUUUCGAUUUGCCUCUCGUCGCAAAGUGAGCUUUGCGAUUCACACAUUUCUCCAAUUCGAUUUCUUUCUCUCUCUCUUCCUCGUUUGACAUUUAAUCUUCUUCUCUACGCGGAUUCAUUCAGAUCUGACUUCGUUUCUUAGACUUUUGCUUAGUUUUUGAUGAGAUAAAGUUUUGAUUUUUUCUUUUUUUUGGGGGUUUCAAAUCGAUAACUGAUACGUUUUGGAAGCUGGUGGAUCUCAGGGUAAUGGAAGACGAGAAGAAGAAGAAGAGAAACAAGAAGAAGAAGAACAAGCAGCAGACUAAUCAUAAUAACAAUAAACCUGUUGACGACGGUGUAACGACGACGACCUUUCCUGAUGAUAAUCAUAUCGGAGAUGGUGACAUUGCUCUUAUUAGCGGAGGUCCAGAUGCCCAUGAGUCCCAACCUUCUCACCAGAUCAAUAAUGUCGUCGCAACUGCAGAUGAAUCUGGUGUUGAGGACAAGUCCCACACAAAUGAGGCGCUGCUGGAAGAUACGAUCAAACAGUUACGUGAUGAAAAUGGCUCCUACCUUCAGAAAGAGGCUGGCUUUGAAGAAAAUGUUAGACGCUUGGAAACUGAGAAUGAAACUCACCUACAACGAGAGGCACUGUUAGAAGAAAGGAUUGUGCAUUUGAGAGCAGAGAAUGAAGCUCACAUAAAAAAUGAGGCACUGUUAGAAGAAAGACUUAUGCAUUUGAAAACAGAGAAUGAAGCUCACAUACAAAAUGAGGCAAUGUUAGAAGAAAGGCUUGUGCAUUUGAAAACAGAGAAUGAAGCUCACAUACAAAAUGAGGCAAUGCUAGAAGAAAAGCUCUUGCGUUUGAGAACAGAAAACGAAGCUCACAUUCAAAAUGAGGCACGGAUGGAAGAAAGGCUCUUACAUUUGAGAACUGAAAAUGAAGCUCACAAACAAAAUGAAGAAAAGUUGGAGGAAAGACUUGUGCAGUACAAAAACAAGAAUGACAUGCUUCUUCGUGAAAUGUCUAGUACAGAAUCCCAGAUGAGACAACUACAAGAUGAAAGAUCUACCUUCACUCAGAAAGAGGCGAGUCUAGAAAAGAAAGUUCAACAACUUCAACAACUUCAACAUGAUGAAGAAUCCUCGGUGGCUAUGGAGAAGUCAUCCAGAGAAAUGAUCUCUAGCCUGAACAGUGAAAUUGCAAGGCUACAAGCUCAGGUUACGGAGUUGGAAGAAUCUAAGAGUAAUCUUCUAGAGCAGAAUCAGAGUCUUAAGGAACCUGUAUCCAAUCUUCAAGUCCAGCAUGAAAACCAUGAGAGUAACGCAAAGGGUGCUUCUGAGGAAGAAUUAAACUCACAGAUUGAAGCAGCGUGUACUCUAGUUGAAAAGCUUAUCACUGAAAAUGCUGAACUUGUUGAAAAGGUGAACGAGUUGUGUAUUAAGCUCAACCAAUCACAGCAUGCUUCUACUUCAUCCCCUGAGAGCCUAGCUAUUGAAGUAGAGAAGUCUGAAUCCUUAGAAGAAAUACCCAUACACGACGAGUUGAUUAGAAUUGAUAACUCUAGGGACAUGGAUACUGCAUUGGUAGAGAGGAACUUGUCAGAAGGCCCAAUUGAAGAAACAGUGCCCGUUUCUCUGAAUGCUAAUGGGGAAGUAGACGUGGAAUCACAGUUUGUAGUAGCCAGAGAAGACGAAGCAAGUGCUGGUGUGCCUCUGGUGGACGCAACACUCAUAGGUGCUCCUUUCAGGCUAGUCUCGUUUGUAGCAAGAUACGUGAGUGGUGCAGAUUUGGCGGCAAAGAAAUAGUUUUUUGUAAAACUCAACAAUACAUUGAAAGUCAGAGAAGAUGCAUCGCAAUAUCUAUCUCUCUCCCUCUCUCUUUUUUUUUUAUAAUCUGAAGGGACCUUACAUAGAUACAAUGAGGAUCACUGAUUAGCUAUUCACAACACUUAACAGUACACAGAUGUCUAUUGUAAUUUUUUGAUAGGAUAAUGACUUGAUGAUGAUGAUUUUGAUGA